UUGGGAGCAAACGAAAAUUUCCCGGGACCUGAGGGGUUUCUCUCUCACAGUUUUCGCUCCCUGCUCUCCCAAAAAUUUUCACUUUCUUCUCUUCCCGCUGCUCUUUCCCCCCCCAUUCUCUUUGCCUCUUUGUCUGUAUCUUCUUUCUAAAACUGGUAAACAAUCAAAGCCCAUUAUUCCAAGUAUCAAACUUUACUGGUCUGUGACAUUGUUGCUUGCAGUAGUGGGAUUAUCUGAUUGUUCAGAAUUCAGAGGUGAAGGGCCAGCUUUUUGCGUCCCAUUGAUUCCCAUUUGAAGACUUAUUUAUUGCUUGUUUCUUUUGAAUGUGUGACUUUUGGAUGGGAGUUGGAUUCUGUUGAGACAAGGGGACGAGAAGUUGACCUCUUAUUAGGUAUUGUUGGGUUUCAACCACAAUGGAAUGCAACAAAGAGGAGGCCAUCAGAGCAAAAGAAAUUGCUGAAAAGAAAAUGCAAAAUGGGGAUUUUGUUGGGGCACGCCGGAUUGCUCUGAAGGCACGGCAACUCUAUCCUGACCUUGAUAAUAUUUCCCAAAUAUUAAUGGUUUGUGAGGUUCAUUAUUCUGCACAGAACAAAUUAAAUGGGUCAGAAAUGGAUUGGUAUGGAGUUCUCCAGAUCGAGCGAUUUUCAGAUGAAUCUGUUGUAAGGAAGCAAUUCAAAAAGCUUGCUCUCUCACUUCAUCCAGAUAAGAAUAAAUUUGCAGGUGCAGAGGCUGCUUUCAAGCUGAUUGUUGAAGCAAAUAGGGUGCUUACAGACCCAAGCAAACGUUCUUUGUAUGAUAUGAAGUGCAGAGGUGGACUGAGAUCUGUUGCACCAAAGUCAGCAACUGAUCAGUCAAAUAAGAACUCUUAUGCUAAGAAACACAACGGUGCUGCAAACAAGCCCAGUAAUACAUCUCAUUCACAGUACACGAGCUCACAUAUUUAUCAGCAGUCACAACCGACAACAUUCUGGACAUAUUGUCCCUCUUGUACUGUAAAGUACCAAUACUACAAAGAAUUUCGAAAUAAAAUGUUACGUUGUCAAAAUUGUCUGCAGCCUUUUAUUGCUAAUGAUUUGGGUGAGUCACCUGGAUCUUCCUGGAGUCAGUUCCUCAAUGAGAAAAGAGUUCCAAAUCCCGGUCCUUCUAAAGUUGCUCCAGAAAAUAAUGCAGGGAAGCCUUCUGGUAUGAGUUUUCGGCAUGGCUUUUCAGUGCCAGACCCAAUGCCUAAGGUAGGAAAAGCUGCAGAUGUUUGUGGGAGUUCCAAACUCAAAGAGGCAGGAAAUGCUGCUGGAAUUGACGGGGGUUCUAAAUCACAGCAGAAAGUGAAUGGGCAUGUAGAUGUGGGAACUGGGAAAGGAGGUGUGCCAGUGUCAGAGCCAGAUGCAACAAAAUCCAAGGUGCCAAGUGGUAGUGCAAGUAGCAAGAGACAGAGGAAGUCUGUAGAGGAAUCCAGUCAGAAUUUCAACAAAAGCAGCAAGAAUGGCACUGAAGAAAACAUAGAUGUUGAGGAAACUGUUGGCGAACUUUCUGCUCGGAAUUCUAGACGCAGUGACAGCCAUCCAUCUAGGAGAUCUUCAAGGCAAAAGCAGCACGUUUCUUACAAGGAAAAUUUAGUUGAAGAUGAUUUUGUUGGCCCUCUUCCGAAAAGAUCUAGGAGUAGCAGUUCACCAAGUGUGGCUGAUGGAGAGAACAAAGAAGCAGGUGUAGAUGGUGGAGUAACAAGAAGAGAUAUUUCAGCUGGUUUUGUUGCUGCUAUGUUGAAUAGAAACAAUAAAGGGGUCAAACAAAAAGCAAGUCCCAGUCCUGAAGAAAGAUCAUCUAACAUGAAAAGCAAAACUGGAUAUUUUGAGUCCAAAGGAGAUGAAGCAUCCACGUCAGAGAAGGCUGGUACAAAGUCAAAUGAAGCACCAGAAUCAGAGACCUAUAUAUAUCCUGAUCCAGAUUUCAGUAAUUUUGAGAAAGAUAAGGCAGAGAGUUCUUUUGCUGUUAAUCAAGUAUGGGCUAUUUACGACUCAAUUGAUGGCAUGCCCAGAUUUUAUGCUCGGGUAAAGAAAGUGCUCACACCUGAGUUCAAGCUGCAGAUAACUUGGCUAGAGGCAAGCUCAGAUAACAAAGCUGAGGAAUAUUGGUGUGACCAGGGUUUGCCUGUUGCUUGUGGUAGGUUUGAAAAUGGAGACACUGAAACAGUAGAUUGUCGAAUGUUCUCUCACCAAAUGUAUUGGAUGAAUGCUGGACGCAGGGGCACUUGCUUGAUAUAUCCUAGGAAGGGGGAAACAUGGGCUCUCUUUAAGGAUUGGGACACUAAAUGGAGUUCUGAACCGAAAAAGCAUGGGCCCCCAUACCAAUUUGAAUUUGUUGAAGUCCUGACAGAUUUUAUGGUGGACGUUGGCAUUGGGGUUGCUUAUUUGGGUAAGGUAAAGGGAUUUGUUAGUGUCUUUCAGCAAGCUGACUGUGGUGGUGUUCUCUCAUUUUGCAUACGACCAAGUGAACUGUACAGAUUUUCUCACCGAAUUCCCUCUUGUAGACUGACCGGUAAGGAAGGAGUGGGUGUUCCUGCUAGGUCCUUUGAACUUGAUACUGCUGCACUGCCUAGCAAUCUUUAUAACCUUGAUAGUCUUGGCAAUGUGAAGGUCGGAAAGGAGAAUCUGGAUGCUGAAGCAAUCGGUUUAUAUUCAAAGUCUGCUAAAUAUGAAGUGGAACCUAUAAAGCUCUCUGAGAAGGUUUGCACUCCUAAGAAUCUCGACAGUGGUCCUGAAAAGGGGACUUCAGAACUUCCAAAAUCUACAGGAGAAUCAACUGGCACAUGCAGGGAUUGCCAUCAAAUUGAUGCAGGUCAACAAGCAAAAGAUGAGGGUGGUAACGAAGUCGUUAAUCCUGGCAGGCUAGCUCAACCUGAAGGAAUGAAUACUUAUUUUCAGGCUACAGAGAGGAGGACGACCCAUAAGAAAUUGGAGAAGUUGAAAUUUACAGCAGAAGCCUGGACACCUAGAAGAUCUCCUAGAGAUUUAAGCAAGAGAAGUGCUCCAUUUACUGCAAGUCAGUCUACUGCAGAAGACGCUGACAAGAAUACUUCAACAAACAAAAAUGAAGGACAUGGGCAACCUUGUGCUUUCUCGUGUCAGUCUGAUAAUAAAGUGCAUUUCCAUGUGAAGGAUGGAAGCUUAGUCAGUCCCACGAAAGGCCAGAAGUCUUCAGAUUGUAAAGUUGUGGAAGUAGAGCACUAUGAUUUCAAGAAGGGAAAAUCCAAGGAUAAAUUUCAAUUGGACCAGAUAUGGGCAUUGUACAGUGAAAAAGAUGGUUUACCCAGGGAUUAUGCUCAGAUUAAGAAGAUUGAAUCCACUAAUGGGUUCAAACUGCAUGUAGCAAUGUUUGAAUCCUGCUCUCUCCAAAAAGACAUGCAGACUGCUUGCGGGACAUUUAAAGUUAAAAAUAAAUCCAUAGUGCGUCCUGUCACUGCUUUUUCUCAUCAGGUGACAGCAAAGGCAAUUGGGAAGAAUAAGUACGAAAUUUACCCUAGGCAAGGGGAGAUUUGGGCAAUGCAUAAGAACUGGAAUGCUGAAUUAAAGUUUUCAAACCAGGAAGCAGUAGAAUGUGAGUUUGUUGAAGUGGUAGAAGAAAAUGAGAGAGGCGUGAAAGCUGUAGUUUUGACGCCAGUUAAUGGAUCUGAAUCAUUCUACAUGGCUCCAAGAAGAUCAAAACGGGGUAUAGUUGAGAUGCGGCGGGACGAGUUUGGUAGAUUUUCUCAUCAGUGUUUAGCUUCCCAGUUUAUUGGAAAGAACAGUAGUUUCCUGAAGGGAUAUUGGGAGCUUGCUCCAUCAUCAAUUCCUGGUAGUGUAAUUUUGGUAGAUUAAACGCUAGUAGGUAGGUUGCGAACUGUUCUUUUUGGAAUGUUAUGAAAUUGUUCCCUGUUAAAAGCGGAAUCAAGUUUGUAGAAACUUUGACAAAAAAGGGUUUUCUUCUCCA